CCAGUCCAUUGCUCGCAGUAGUAACCAGCUAAUUUCUGCCUCCUAAACAUGGCGGAGCAUUUAGCGAAGAAACCUGCCAAAGGAAUAUUAAAACCAUCCACCAGCUUCGAAUACACGGAAGGACGACGACAGAGCCACCAAAGCCUGAAGUUCGACGAGAUGAACGUCCUCCAAACGCUGCAUCCUCCGGGCAAGGACUACGGCCAUAUGAAGAUAGACGAGGCCAAGACGCCCUACAGCUACGACAUAGCGGACGACCGGCCGGCCGUUGACCCCGCCCUGCUGGCCGAGAGGAUCCAGAUGGGCAGCACAGUGCCUGCCAAGGCCCUCAAGACCCCGGACCCGAGUCAGGAUACGGACAAGGACAUGGAGGAGAGGAACAGGCAGUUCGAGCUACGAAGGAAACUUCAUUACAACGAGGGCAACGCACUCAAGAGAGGCAGCCAGAGGGUAGAAGACGACGACGAGGACGACGAUGACUAGGGCAGCCCAGCCCACUCCCCACUUCAACGCCAGCUUCCCCCGGUGC